AUCGAUAUUUCCGUUUGCAGCUUGGAGAGAAAUAUUUCCAGCGCAUUGCCAGAUUUACUGCUUGUGGUAGCCAUCUACUGUUCUCAUUUGGGGACAAAUUUCUGCCACCAUGAGUCGAGGUACAACCACAGUGAGCGGUGACAUCAAGGUAGAAAAGGGCAAAAUGAAAUGGGAUCCAAAAACAUUGGAAAUUCGGACGCAUUCGGUCGAGAAGACACUUGAGCCUCUUGUUCACCAGGUAACAACCUUGGUUAACCAUCCUAAGAAGAAGGGAAGCAAGCUUGGUAAGUCCAAGAAUGCACACAAGCUUGCUCAGGACAUUGAAGAUGCAACAGCACGGCUGAUAAAAACUGGAGAGGACAUCGCUCAAGAGUUUCCUGAGAUCAGAGAAGAAAUGUUAGCUGCAUGCAAGGAUUGUCGCGGUGCAGGUGAUUCUAUGCGUGUAGCAGCCAAAGAGUUUGCAGAUGAUCCAUGUGCCUCAGCCAAGAGGGCCACAAUGGUUCGAGCAGCUCGAGCACUGUUAUCGUCUGUCACAAGGUUGUUGUGUGUCGCAGACAUGGCAGAUGUGUACCGGCUCCUGGCUUCUCUGAAAUUGGUGGAGAAGAGACUGAAGGAGCUAGAGAAGGCCAGCAAUACAGCAGACUUGUUGAACUCCUUUAAAAAUCUUGGAAAUGACUUGAUGGACUUGGCAAAGCUGUCUGGAAAGAGACAAGCUGAUUUGAAAGACCCGCAGAGAAAAGAUGACAUGGCUGCUGCCCGAGCCACUCUGAAAGAGUCCAGCAAAAUGUUGCUGUCAUCAUCCAAGGCAUAUGUACGUCAUCCUGAAGUAACUUCUGCUAAAGCAAACAGAGAUUUUGUCAUGAAGCAGAUGUCAGAAGCAGUGAAUGCUAUUUCGGGUGCUACUCAGGCCACCGGUGUAAGUGGACCACACCCACUGGAGGCACCGGGGGCAUUAGCGACAGCUUUGGAUGACUUUGAUUCUCAAGUUGCCAUGGAUCCAACUUCAUACUCAGAGAAACGUACCCGUCCCACCUUGGAACAGCGCCUUGAGAGCAUCAUAAGUGGAGCAGCGCAGCUAGCUGAUUCUAUGUCAACAAGAGAUGAUACCCGCGAUAAGAUCAUUGCCAGUUGUAAUGGAGUGCGACAAGCAUUGCAGGAUCUACUCUCUGAGUACAUGAAUCAUGCAACAGGAAAGAAGAAGGCCACACCCGGUGGAUCCUUGGAUCAAGCUCUGGAGAGAAUGUGUAAAAGAACAAGAGAGCUCAGAGGACAGUUACGUCGUGCUGUUGUGGAUCACGUAUCAGAUUCAUUUUUGGAGACUACAAUGCCGCUAAUCAUGAUGAUUGAAGCUGCUCAGGCAGGAAAUGAGAGAGAAGUGGAAGAAUGUGCUAAGUUAUUCACAGAGCAUGCUGCUAAAUUAGAAGAGGUGGCCAAUCUCGCUUGCUCAAUGUCUGUGAAUCCUGAGAAAGUGAAGAUGGUGAGACUGGCCGCCAAACGACUGCAGAAUCUGUGUCCUCAGGUCAUUAAUGCUGCUCGAACUCUUGCUGCCCGUCCUCAUAGUAAAGUGGCUCGUGAGAACAUGGAUGUGUUUAAGGAGGCUUGGGAAAAGCAACUUCAGGUCCUGACUGAAGCUGUUGACGAUAUCACUGGUAUUGAGGACUUUCUGGCUACUACAGAGGCUCAUAUUUUGGAAGAUGUCAACAAGUGUGUCCAAGCUCUUCAAGAGAAAGACCCUGAGAACGUGGACAGGGCUGCUGGACAGAUCCGUGGACGCACGGCCAGGCUUGAAGAUGUAGUCACUGCCGAAAUGGAGAACUACCAACAAGGGCCGUACACUGAUAAUGUGAUGAGGGCGGUCUUGGUUAUGCGGAAUGAGAGUAAGAUAUUUUGCAAUAUGUUUCAGGGUUUCAUCCACUGACUUCUCAAACUCAUCAAUAAUUCAUCAAGUUUAAACAAAGGAGAU